AGUGGAGGUGAUCCAAGGAAAGAGAGUCCUCCUGGAAGAAAACCAACUUCACUGGAGCAGUACCUUCGCACGACUUCUCCACGUCCAGAACACCCGAACAGAAGAAUAUCAGAACACUAGAAAACAAGAGGGCGAGAACAUUGGAACUCAGUCAAAUCGAACUUCCAAACCAAACAGAGCAGACAAGCAAGAAAGAAACUAAAUGCAUACAUAGUGGGGGACAGACGAAAUCACGGGAUUGAUCAUCAACCAGUGAUCCACACCGCGGUGCUAUCUGCUAGCUAUCACGGGGUACUUCAUUUGAAACGAGUGCAGUGAAUCAGCCUCAUCUGCCAUCUCCUUGGAGAUCGAUUCAAGUUGAAUCCGUGCCAUUUGUGUGUCAACGAGGCGGAUCCCAAUCCCGGCUAGUGAAAGGCUCCUCCUCCUCCUGGGGGAUUGUCAUUGGGGUCGGUCGGUCGUUCAAUCAUGCUCAACCACUACGAAUCGUCGUCCUGAGAUUCGCCGUGGCCUCCGUGAUGGCCAUCAUGGGCAUCUCCUGGAGUCUGGGACAAUGGCUCCGCGGCCCCCCGAUCAUGGGGAUCUUAGCCUUGCUCCUGUGGACAGGCCACGCUCAGGCCCAACUAGUGGGUGCAUUCAGCGAAACGAUAUGCGUGACGAGUGCGGGUGCCGCACCCGGCAAGCCGUGCAUAUUUCCAUUUGAGUUCAAUGGGGCUAUUCACUACAAAUGCACCUGGGACCAGUCCCAACUCACCGACAACAAACCCUGGUGCUCAACAUUAGUCGACAGUACUGGCCAUCAUGUGGGUGGCCAAUCCAAGUGGGGCAAUUGCGGAUCCGGCUGUCCCAUUGCUCCCAGGGCUGGGGAAAAAGAAGAGGCCCCUGUCGCGGAUUCCAUCCCAUCAGAAGGCUCGUCUGGUCGAGAACGUUGCACUAGCGAGCAAUUCGAAUGCGGCGAAGCCGGCAAAUGCAUUCCGAAGCGAUGGGUUUGCGACUAUCAUUGGGACUGUGAUGGCGGCGAGGACGAAUACGACUGUCCUCCACCCGAGUGUGAUUCCGGGGAAUUCUCCUGCUCCAACUACAAAUUCAAUCAGACCAGUUGCAUUCAGCAACACUUUCAAUGUGACAAGGAGCAGGAUUGUCACGAUGGGUCCGACGAGCAGAGUUGCAAUUAUCGCACCUGUCAGCCGGAUGAUCACAAAUGCGGCAAUGGACUGUGUAUCCCACCCGAUAUGAAAUGCAAUGGCUAUUUUGAUUGUCGAGAUAAAUCCGAUGAAGCCGGAUGUCCCGGGAUUUCGUGCGAACUCCACGAGUUCAAAUGCAAAAGUGGCGAGAAAUGCAUCGCCAAUUAUCGCAAAUGCAGUCAUCGACAAGAAUGUGACGACGGAUCCGAUGAAGAGGAUUGCAAUUUUCCCCCUUGUCAUAGCGAACAAUUCCGUUGUGAGAAUCACUUAUGCAUCCCGGCUCGUUGGCGAUGCGACGGCUACAAGGACUGCACGGAUGGUACGGACGAACGCAAUUGUACGGCUAUCACGUGUCCGGAUAACAAGUUGAUGUGUCCCUCAUCGGGCUCGGAUGGCUCCACCACGGGCACGCCCAAGUGUAUUGACAAGAGCAAGAUGUGCGAUGGACACCAGGAUUGCGCCGAUGGAGCCGACGAACGAGAUGCUUGUUCUACGAGUUUGUGCAAUUCCUUGGAUUGCGAGUUCGAAUGCAAGAGCUCCUUGGCCGGAGGUCUGUGCGUGUGUGGACCCGGAAAGAAAGUGGCCGAAGACAAACGAACGUGUGUGGACAAAAACGAGUGCGAAGAAUGGGGCUUCUGUGACCAAAAGUGCAAAAACACAGAUGGAGGCCACGAGUGCUCGUGUGUGAGCGGUUACGAACGAGACGGCGACACUUGUGCGGCCAAAUCGAGUAUGCCCAAGAUGGUGCUCUAUUUCGCUCACCACGACCAGAUCCAUCAUAUUGAUGCUCUCAGCAAAGCCGGGUUGACCAACUUUCGGAACACCACGGCGGCCAGUGGAUUGGAUUACCAUUUGGCCCUGAAUCGCCUCUUCUACACAGACACCGAGUCCAGGAAAGUGUACAAAGUGCCCUUGAAAGACGAGGAUCCAAGGAAGACUCCCCUGGAUUACAGUUUGCCCGGAGUAUGGUCCCCCGUGUCCGUGGCGGUGGAUUGGAUCGGGAAUAACAUCUAUGUGGUGGACAGUCUUGGUCAGAAGAUCGAUGUCUUCGAUAUCGAGGGCGUCUACCAGGCCAUCGUGAUCUCCUCCAAUCUGACCAGUCCCGUGGAUAUCGCCCUGGAUCCGACUCUGGGUCUCAUGUUCAUCACUGAUGGGAAUCGUAUCAUUCGCGCCCACAUGGAUGGUACGCAAAUGAAGACUCUCGUCACGGAAGCCGUCUACAAAGCAUCGGGCGUGGCCGUGGAUUUGGCCACUCAACGCCUGUAUUGGUCGGACAUCUUGUUGGACUACAUCGAGACCACGGACUAUGACGGUAAUGACCGACACAACAUCGUUCGAGGGCCCGCCAAUGUACCCGCUCCCACGCGGAUCACCCUCUUCCAACGGACCGUGUUCUGGUCGGACGGCACCAAGCAAGGGAUCUUCUCCGUGGACAAGUUCAAAGGCAAAGAUUCCAUCGAGUCCAUCUACCGUCGACAGGACAGUGGUCAUCAGCCUUUGGGCAUCAAGGCCAUGCAUAGCCUCCUGCAGCCCAAGGAAUCCAAUCCCUGCAAUGGGAACAAUUGUGAGCACAUGUGUAUCGUCACGGCUGCCUCCUCCGACAAUGACGGUCUAGGCUAUCGAUGUGCUUGUAAAACCGGCUAUCAGCUCCAGACCAACCGGAAAGGCUGCGAAUUGAUCGACAAGUUCCUCAUGUACUCGCAACAGAAGUUCAUCAAGGGCAAGAUCUUGAACCCGAUCGUGUCAAGUUUCACGGAUGCCAUGCGGCCAAUUGUCUCGCGCUCGGCCCGCUUCGUGGGCCUGGAUUUUGACGCUUACGAGGACUACAUCUAUUACUCAGAUGUGAUUUUGGAUGUGAUCUACAAGGUCAAGAAGGACGGCACAGGGCGUGAGAACGUCUUGGCCUCUCAAAAUGAAGGCGUGGAGGGUUUGGCCAUUGAUUGGGCCUCCCACAAUCUCUAUUACAUCGACAGUCGGAAAGGCACCCUCAAUGUGCUGAGCACUAAGAAUACCACGUAUCGACGCACUUUACUGAAGGACCUGAAACGUCCCCGAGCCAUUGUGGUUCACCCCAAUCGAGGCUACAUCUUCUACUCGGAAUGGGAUCGCCCCGCCAACAUCAGUCGUGCCAAUUGCGACGGAACCGACGUUCAAGUGUUCCGAAAUGUGUUGCUCGGAUGGCCCAAUGGUUUGUCCAUGGACUACAAAGAGGAUCGACUGUAUUGGUGCGACGCUUUGUUGGAUCACAUUCAACACGCCAAUCUCGAUGGAGGAGACGUGAAGACCAUUAGCUCAAGCAAGAUCCGACAUCCAUUCUCACUGGUUGUGUUCGGGGACAGCAUCUUCGUCACGGAUUGGCGAUUAGACGCCAUCAUCGAAUUGAACAAGAUCGACGGAAAAGAUGAAAAGAUCGUGGAGAAAGUCGAGGAGAGCAAUCGACUUUACGGCAUCAAGAUCUAUAGCAAACAAGCCCAACAUGUGAAGGACAACCAUCCCUGUCACAACAACAACGGUGGUUGCGAGAAGUUGUGCUUCCCGAUCCCGGAUAACACCACGAGUAUCGGCAUCAAGGCCGUUUGUGGAUGUCCCUAUGGCGAAAAAUUGCAAACGGAUGGAAAAUCCUGUGGAUCAGAUCCAAGUGCCGAACCUCCCGUUCAAGCUUGCCCGAAUUCGUGGGAUUUCACUUGCGAUAACCAGAGAUGUAUCCCCAAGACUUGGGUUUGUGAUGGCGACGAUGAUUGCUUGGACAACUCGGAAGAGAACCAGAAUUGCACGGAACCCACUUGUGGACCCAAUGAUAUCCGAUGCAAGUCUGGGAAGUGCAUACCGAAAUCUUUCCGAUGUGAUUCAGACAAUGAUUGCGGGGAUUUCUCAGAUGAGACGGGUUGCAAAAAUGUGACUUGCGAAUCGACUCAAUUUGCUUGUGGAAAUGGUCGCUGCAUCCCAAUGACGUGGAAAUGUGAUGGAGAGAACGAUUGCGGUGAUAGCUCUGAUGAGGGCGACUUUUGCGCUGAGAAAACGUGCGCCUACUUCCAAUUCACUUGCGAAGGAUCCGGACAUUGCAUCCCGCAAUCUUGGGUUUGCGAUGGAGAUAACGAUUGCUUCGAUCAAGCUGAUGAGCAGAAUUGUCCACCUAUCACGUGUUCAGCCUCCCAAUUCAAGUGCAACAAUCAAGAGCAAUGCAUACACGAAUCGUACAAAUGCGACGGAAUCCCGGAUUGUUCGGACAGCUCGGAUGAGUUAGGGUGUCCCUCAGUGGGACCGAAUCAAUGUACCGAUCAACAAUUCCGGUGCGAAAUCUCCGGGAUCUGCAUUCCACAAGCUUGGUAUUGUGACGGAACCGGCGAUUGCGAGGACAAAUCCGAUGAGCCCGACUCUUGUGGAAUCAUCGAUUGUCAACAGAACUACUUCAAGUGUGACAACUCGAAGUGCAUCUACAAGAGUUUUGUCUGCGAUGGCGAAGACGAUUGUGGUGACAACUCGGACGAGUCCAUGGACCACGCAUGUGGCGCCCCCAAGACCGUGUGCUCUCCCGGAGAAUGGCAAUGUCCGGGGGUGACUGACCAAUGCGUGCCCAUUGAAAAACUUUGCGACGACCACCUCGAUUGUCCUAAUGGGUCGGAUGAAGGACCGGGAUGUGACAACACAGAUUGUAACAACAAUAAGGCAGGAUGUUCCAAUGGUUGCGUUCAAACGCCCAUUGGUCCUCUUUGCACCUGUCCUCCUGGCGAGGUUCUGAACGCCACCGACACGCGAGUCUGUCAAGAUUUGGACGAGUGUGCCGUGCCCAAAUUGUGCUCGCAAGCAUGUACCAAUAACAAAGGCAGCUAUUAUUGCUCCUGCGCCGAUGGUUACGUUUUGGAGAACAAACACAAUUGCAAAGUGGAGAACCGCUCCGAUGCUUACUUGGUUAUCUCCAAUCGACGCUCGAUGUUGACGGCCGAUUUGGCUCAGAAGUCUUUGGAGCGUAUUCCUGUCACCGUGAAGAAUGUGGUGGCCACGACCUCGGACAUGAAAUCGAACACCAUCUAUUGGUCGGACAUGGAAACCAAGAAGAUCAUGCGAUUGACCAAAGGACAAUCCGCCGAGGAGUUCAUCUCGAGUGGACUUUCCUUGGUCGAAGGCCUGGCCUUUGAUUGGGUGACCGAGAAUCUGUAUUGGCUGGACUCGAAGUUGAACACCAUCGAAGUUACGUCGCAAGACACGAAACAUAGGAUGAUCUUGAUCAAUCAGAAUAUCACUCAGCCUCGGGGCCUGAGUUUGGAUCCGGCUGAAGAUGCCCGUUGGUUGUUCUGGACCGAUUGGGGCGAGUAUCCCCGAAUCGAGCGAGCGGGUAUGGAUGGCUCUCAACGAAGCACGAUCAUUUCCACCAAGAUCUAUUGGCCCAAUGGCCUCGCUUUGGAUAUUCCCAAUAAGCGGGUUUACUUUGCCGAUUCCAAGUUGGAUUUCAUCGACUUCUGCAACUAUGACGGCAGUGGACGACAACAGGUGAUUGCUAACAAUCAUUACUUACUCCACCCGCACUCCUUGGCCGUGUUCGAAGAUCAAAUCUAUUGGACCGACCGUCAAUUGAACAGGGUGAUGCAAGCCCGCAAAUUCUUGGGCUCCAACGAAAGUGUGGUCUCCCAUCUCGUUUCUCAGCCUCUUUCCGUUCACAUUCACCAUCCUGUGCUUCAACCUCAUCUGGAAAACCCUUGUGCCAAAGCCAAAUGCGAGCAGCUCUGUCUUUUGGCUCCACAAUCCUCCAGUCCCGUCAAAUUCUCGUGCAAAUGACGGCCCGGAUUCCGAAUGGGCGAUGAUGGGUCUUGCAUCAAAAAAGACGACCCCUUCCUGCUCGUGAUCAAAGAGGACCAGAUCAUCGACGUCUCCAUCAUGCACGAUGACAAGAGCCGUGGACACUUCACGCCCGUGGUGGAUGUCCAGUUAGGUGUGGCCGUGGACUACGACAUUGAUCAACAAGAGAUUUACUGGACAGAGAUCGAGGACCCGAAACAAACCAACGGCUCCCUGUUCCGCACUCCCUUGGGUGGUGGAGAGAAGGUCAAUUUCUUUGACGAAGUCGACACCGGGAUUGUGGGAUCGCCCUAUUGCAUUGCCUUCGAUUGGAUUGGUCGCAACAUGUACAUUGGAAACAUUGAAGCCUCCGAGAUCAGUCUGGUCCGCGUGGAUGGCAAGUUGCGCUAUCGAAUGCUCAUUCUCGACAACAGUCAUGAGGAGAAAGGCGUGGCAGAGCCUCUGACCAUCGUGGUCCAUCCCAUUAGUGGACGUUUGUUCUGGCUGGAUCGGGGAGGUGUGGGCGUUCCAGCCAAAAUCGGAGGCGCCAACAUGGAUGGCUCCGUCCCCAAGGUUCUGGUUCAAGACAUCUUCGAUCCCGAGACCCUGACCAUUGAUCUGCAGAAGGAGAUCCUGUACUUUUCAAGCAGUAAGAACCCCUCUAUUGAGUCGGUCAAUUUGGACGGUACGAAUCGACAAGUGAUUGUGAGCAGCUCCAAGAACCACCCAAUCGCCAAGGCCACCGGAUUGGCCGUCAUGGAUCGACGUCUUUACUAUCUAGAUCCUCUCUACGAGAAGGUGGUCCAAGUGGAUGUGAGCGAUGGAUCAAACGAACAAGUCCUUAUGGACAACGAGAAUGGUUUGAGGACCCUGAACAUUUUCCGCAAACGACAGAGGAGUGCCAAUCACCCAUGCUUGUCCAAUCGUGGUGGCUGUUCCCACAUUUGCAUCCCAUUUGGAAGGAACCAAAGAAAGUGCGGUUGUACCAUUGGUUACACCCAAAGUGAUACGGAGACCGAGUGCCAACCUCACGAGUCAUUUGCCGUGGUGUCUCAAUUGCAAAAGGCCCGCGGCUUUGAUCUCGACGAUAAAUCCGAGGCGAUGGUACCCAUUGCGGGCAAAGGCCACAACAUCCUCCACAUGGACUUCCUGUUCGAUGACGGUAACAAGAAGAACUGGAUCUACUGGGUCGACUUUGAAGCGGACGGUCAUAAUGGUGUGUACAGAAUCCGACCGGAUGGAUCCGAGAUGACACAAGUGAUCAAGGAUGGUAUCGGCAAAUCUGGCAUUCGAGGCAUUGCCGUGGAUUGGAUCGCCAAGAACCUUUACUUCUCCAACGUGUUCCCUCACGAGACCUACAUCGAAGUCUCAUGGUUAGAUGGCACCAACCGCAAAGUCAUCUACAAAUCGACCACCGACAACCCUCGCGAGUUGGCUGUCAAUCCGGUCAAGGGCUAUCUCUACUGGAUCGACUACGGCCAAUUCCCCAUGAUUGCCCGAUCGUGGCUGGAUGGAUCCAAUCGGAAACCCAUCGUUACGUCGGGGAUCAGCAACCCACGGGACCUCACCAUUGACAUUGCCACUCAUGACGUCUAUUGGGUGGAUUCGAUGAAGGAUGCCAUUUUCAAGGUAGCUUAUAAGGGUGGCAAUCGACAAGUGAUCCGUCGAAAUCUACCCAGUCCCAAGGGCCUCUCCAUACUGAAGGGAGACCUAUACUGGGUGGAUCGCAAUCUCCAGAACAUUUACAAGUCUUCCAAACUGCCUGGUCAAGUGGCGGCCCCGAUCAUUGUCAAAUCCGGCCUCGAGAACCUCCGUGAUAUCACCAUGAUGGAUGUGAACAACCAGCCGAUCGACUCGAGCAAUCCUUGCUCACGCUUGGGGAAUGGUAAUUGCGAGCAAUUGUGCUUCACCUUCCCUCAAGAUUCGGACAAAGCCGGCAACCGUCAAUGUGCUUGUGCUACUGGCACUCUAGUGAAUUCCAGGAAGUGCGCCACUUCCCCUGAAUAUUUGGUUUUUGCCACCCGGACCGAGAUUCUAAGUGAGCACAUUGAUCCGGACGGCAUUGACAGCAAUGUGGACUCGGCUAAACCCUUCGAGCCCGUGGUCAACCUCACCAACGUGGUGGGGGUGGACUUUGCUUACACUAAAGGACGAUUGUUCUUCACCCAGAUCCAACCCAAGCCCAAGAUCGCUUGGAUGGACAGCAAGGACCCCCGAGAAGUCCAUGACAUCUUGACUUCAGGAAUCAAUCCCGAAGGCAUUGCCUACGAUUGGGUUCAUGACAAGAUCUACUGGACCGAUUCUCGUAAUAACUCAAUCUACUCCAUGAAUGCGGACGGGACUCAGAUCGUGGACAUGGCCUACGUGAGUCGCCCAAGAGCCAUUGUGGUCCACCCGUGCCAAGGGCUCAUGUUCUACACGGAUUGGGGCCGCUUUGGCGAAUCCGGGAAGAUCUACAAAUCCACCAUGGCUGGCACGUUAAAGGAAGCCCUGGUCUCGACCAACCUCACCCAACCGAGCGGUCUCGCCUUGGACUACGAUGAGGACAUGCUCUAUUUCACAGAUGCGGUCCGAGAAGUCAUUGAAAGGGUCAGCUUUGACGGUCAACGCCGCGAGGUCUUGGUUACCGCCACAAUCUAUCCAUUUGCCAUAACGGUGGGCAAGAACUUCAUCUAUUGGACCGACCUUCAACUCCGGGGCGUCUAUCGAGCGGAGAAGCACACAGGUGCCAACAUGAAGGAGAUCGUCAAACGCUUGGACAACUCGCCCCGCGACAUCCAUAUCUAUGCUCCGGACCAACAGAAGUGCAAUAUCGAAGUGUGCAAGGUCAAUAACGGCGGUUGUGCCGAUUCUUGCCAUCCCGGACCCAACAACAAGGCCAUCUGCAAAUGCCUCGACGGAAUGACUUCGGUGAAUGAGGGCAAGAUGUGUAUUGCUGGGAACGUGAGCUCCUGCGAUGGUGACAAGUUCACCUGCGGCAACGGCAAGUGCAUCUCCCGCCUCUGGGCUUGCGACGGCGAUGAUGAUUGCGGCGAUAACUCGGACGAGGAUCCCAACUAUUGCUCGUUGCACACGUGCAAGCCCUCCGAGUUCCGCUGUGCCAACGGCCGAUGCAUCUUCAGUACGUGGAAAUGUGAUCACGAAAACGAUUGCGGUGAUAAAACCGACGAAGAAGGCUGCUCCUAUCCCCCGUGUGAUGAGGGCGAGUUCACGUGUGACAACUCCAGAUGCAUCCCCAACUCGCAAGUGUGCAAUGGGGUCAACGACUGCAAGGACAACGGGACCUCGGAUGAGGCCAUUGAGAUGUGCCAAAACAAGAACGUGACCUGUCCAGCCAAUCAUUUGUCCUGCAAAACCACAACCAUUUGCGUGGAGCCCUAUUGGUUGUGCGAUGGGGAUAACGAUUGUGGCGACAACAGCGAUGAGGACCCACUCCAUUGCGGAUCGCGCACAUGCCCGCCCAAUUCAUUCCGUUGUCCCGAUCACCGAUGCAUUCCAGCCACGUGGUACUGUGAUGGCGAUGCCGAUUGCGAAGGCGGGGCCGACGAACCCGAAGGUCAAUGCAAGGACGAGGGCCGAACCUGCUUCGGAGACUUGUUCACGUGCGACAAUGGCAAUUGCAUACCCAGGAUCUAUGUGUGUGAUGGGGACAACGAUUGCUUGGACAACUCGGACGAAUCCGCGGCCAGGCAAUGUAAUAAGCGCGUGUGCGAUACCGAGAAGGAAUUCGAGUGUCGGAAGAACAAGGAUUGGGGUCGAGCCAUGUGUAUUCCCAAGAAAUGGGUCUGCGACGGAGACCCGGAUUGCGUGGACGGAGCCGAUGAGAAAUCCACCAAUUGCACUAGUCAAUUUGAUGAUUGCUCCGAUGAUCAAUUCCAGUGUGCCAAUGGUCGAUGCAUCAACAAGUUCUGGCGUUGCGACCAUGAGAAUGAUUGUGGCGAUGGCUCAGAUGAGAGCAAGGAUUGUAAAGAUCAUUAUCGAACCUGCUCAGAGGCCGAAUUUACGUGCAGCAACGCCAAAUGCAUCUCGAAGAACUACCAUUGCGAUGGAGAGGACGAUUGUGGGGAUUACUCGGAUGAAGUCGAUUGUGAUAAGUCGAAUAGCACUUGCGGUGAGAACGAAUUCCAAUGCAAACUGGACAAGACGUGCAUCAGUCUUGAUGUGGUUUGCAAUAAGGUGUCGGAUUGUAGCGAUGACUCGGAUGAGCCCCUCACUUGUGGCUUUAACGAAUGCGCCAAAGUGGAGGACAAUCAAUGUGGGCACAAGUGUGUGGACACCAAGACCUUGUUUCGAUGUGAAUGUAAUCCCGGCUAUAAACUGAUGGCCGAUCAGAAGGCUUGCGAAGACAUCGACGAAUGUUCCGAACAACCCGGAGUGUGUUCCCAAGUCUGUUUCAAUACCGAGGGUUCUUACAGUUGUAAAUGUCGUAAGGGCUACAUUCGAGAACCCGAUGGUCGCACAUGCAAACGAGUCGACACCUCGGUUGAACCUUGGCUCAUCUUCACCAACAAAUACUAAAUCCGAAACAUGUCCAUUGAUGCCACCCAAAUGAACGUGGUUCACCAGAACCUGAAGAAUGUUGUCUCCAUGGAUUUCCACUACAAGAACAACGAGAUAUAUUUUGCGGAUGUGAGCGCCAAGACCAUCUACAAAUCCAAAAUUGAUAGUGAGGAACGCACUGCCGUGAUCGCCAACGACGCCCAUAGUUUUGAAGGCAUUGCCAUCGAUUGGGUCAAUGAUAAAUUGUACUGGUUCGACAAGAACACCCAACACUUGUCAGUCUCGGAUUUGAAUGGCAAGAAUCGGAAAGUGAUCUUCACCGAUGUGGAGGAUCCCCGUGCCUUGGUGGUCCAUCCUGGCAACGGCUACAUCUUCUUCACCUCUUGGCAUUUGCACGCCUACCUCGGCCGCAUUGGAAUGAAUGGUGAUCCAUCUACAUUCAAGCGAUUGCUCUCCACCGUCAAUAAAGAUGAGAUCUCUUGGCCCAAUGGGCUGACCAUUGAUUUUAUGACCGACCGAUUGUGGUGGGGAGACGCCCAUUUAGAUCAUAUUGCCUUUUGCGACUUUGAAGGCAAGAACAAGAAGAUCGUCUUGAGAGGGGCUCAAGCUCCUCAUGUGUUCUCGCUCUCCGUCUUGGACGACACGUUGUUUUGGGCUGAUUGGAACCUAAAGGCCAUCCUGAAAGCCGAUAAAUAUACAGGUAAAGGCUUGACGACGCUUCGCAAUACGACCCAUCGUCCUUAUGAAGUUCACGUGUUCCAUCCGAGCAAACAACAGGACUACGACAACCCAUGCCAAUACAACAAUGGUGGAUGCUCCCAUUUGUGUCUGAUUGCACCAAAUAACUUCGAGGGUGUCUCAUAUUCGUGUGCCUGUCCCGAUCAUUUCGUCCUCGAGGCUGAUAACGUCACGUGUGCGGCAAAUUGUACAUCCUGGCAACACCGAUGUGGACCCGAAGGCCAAGAUGACAGAUGUGUGCCUCAUUAUUGGAAAUGCGAUGGCAAGAUUGAUUGUGAUGACGCCAGUGACGAGCCUUCAUCGUGUCCUGAGCGCAAAUGCUCCGAGGGUCAGUUCCAAUGUAAGAACGACAAGUGUGCCCUAUCCACCAUGAUAUGUGAUGGCGUGGACGAUUGUGGGGAUAAUUCCGAUGAGACUCAAUGUGACCUCAACUGUCCCGAGCACAUGUUCAAAUGCAAAGACACCGGUAAAUGCGUCUUGGGAGCCUGGAAAUGCGAUGGCGACAAAGACUGCGGUGAUGGCUCCGACGAGGAUGAUGCCAUCUGUCACAAUCGAGAGUGCACCGACCAAGAGUUCAAAUGCGGCAACGGCAAGUGCAUCCCUGCACUUUGGAAGUGCGACUUUGACAAUGAUUGUGGCGACGACACGGACGAACCCGCCCAUAUUUGCCGCAAUCAGAACUGCACCGUGGGGUGGCGACGAUGCCCGGGGCACGCCAAUUAUCGAUGCAUUCCUGAAUGGCUCUUCUGCGAUGGCAAGGAUGAUUGUCGGGAUGGCUCCGACGAGUUGACGGAGAAUUGCCCUGCCUGUGAGGAGAAGGGCAAUUUCCUUUGCAAAAACCGCCGAUGCGUGGCUCAGCGAUGGUUGUGCGACUUCGAAAACGAUUGCGGCGACAACUCCGAUGAAUCCGCAGAGAUGUGUGACGGACGGUAUCGACAGUGUUCGGAGUCCGAAUUCCAAUGUGACAACGACAAAUGUAUCCCGGCCAGAUGGCGCUGCGAUCACGAUGACGAUUGCGGGGAUGGAUCCGAUGAGAGUGAAUGUGCUAAUUUCGAGUGUCCCGCCGACAAGUUCCAAUGCGAUAGCGGUCAUUGCAUCAAAAAGGGACUCAAAUGCGACGGAGAGCGCGAUUGUAACGAUCUCUCCGAUGAGCAAGACUGUCCGCCACGAUUCGACGACGGGAAAUACUGUCCUGAGGACAAGUUCGAAUGUCUGAACCACUUGUGUGUGCGCAAAGACGACCUCUGCGACGGCAUGGAUGACUGUGGCGAUGGUUCAGAUGAACAGGAAGACAUUUGCAAGAACCACUCGUGCGAUCCGGCGUUCAAGUUCCAGUGCGCCAACUAUAAAUGCAUCCCGCGAUUCCAUGUGUGUAACGAAGUCGACAAUUGCGGAGAUGGCUCGGACGAAAACAAUAUGACCUUGUGUGCCAAUCGACCCCGCCCAUGUCCCAACAUCUUCUCGGACUUCAAGUGUCACAACCAGAAAUGUGUGAAACGCGACCAGAUUUGCGAUCUCCACGACGAUUGCGGCGAUCGAAGCGAUGAGCGUGGUUGCCAUGAGGAAGGCUCGUGCUCCGAAGAUAUCGAUGGACAACGGGGUGGAUGUCAACAUCGCUGUAACAAUCUACCCGACGGCGGAUACCUGUGCCUUUGUGACCGAGGAUGGGUGGUGAACCCCGAGGAUCCCAAGAAAUGCCUGGAUGUGGACGAGUGUUCCACCUUCACCCACAAUUGCUCGCACUUGUGCUCGAACCUGAAUGGCACCUACGCCUGCUCUUGUCGGGAAGGCUUCGAGCUCACCGAUCAAUUCAGCGGCGUGUGUCGGGCCAAAGAGCACGAACCCAAGCUGUUGUAUUCCACGGGUCCGGAAGUCCUCAUGGAAGGUCUUCACAUGAAGCGUUCCAUGGAUGUCAUCAAGGAAGAGGCCAGGAUCGAGUCCAUGGACUAUGAUCCGCUCACCAUGAUGUUAUUCUGGGUGGAUUCGGAAGAACAAACCCUUAAGCGGUCCUUCAUUCCGGGCACGGACGAACAGCCCGAGGUGAAGAUCGGAUUCGGCCAAGAUCUGCUCACCUCCGAGAGCACUCAGCCUAAAUCUGUGGCUUAUGAUUGGAUCGGGCGUAACAUCUAUUGGCUGGAAGUCGAUCCAGCGGAUGAAUCGGGCAACAUUUACGUGGCCAAGAGUGAUGGCCGUUAUAAACGAGCCCUUCUUUUCUCCACCAUUGAUAAUCCGACCUCAUUGGCUGUGAACCCUAAACUAGGCCUCAUGUUCUGGACGUCCGCCGGAAGGCAGCCCAAGAUCGAGACGGCCUGGAUGGAUGGCAGCAAACGCCGCGCCAUUGUGACAUCCGGUAUCCUUCGACCCGAGGCCAUUACCAUCGACUACUCCAUGGGCGAUAAGAUCUAUUGGGCCGACUCCAAGUUGAACACGAUUGAGAUGAUGGAUCUGGAUGGACAAAACCGACAUGUUGUGCUUCAAGGCGAGCGAACGGUGAAUCGACCCGUGGCCUUGGACGUGUUCGAAAGUGAUUUGUUCUGGGUCAAUCACGGCUCGGGCGAUGUCAUGCGACAAGAUAAGUUUGGCCGGGGUGUGCCUGUGAUCAUCUCCAAGAACUUGGCCAAUCCCAAAGCUGUGAAGUUGCUGCACCCAAACAAAUACAAUGAGAGUAUUAGCAAUCCUUGUCGAGACAGCUACGAUGGUUGUUCCCAUUUGUGCCUCCUCAUCCCAGACGGACGAUCCCGGUGCAAAUGUCCCAACGGACAGAGAUUCUCCAAGGAUCCAACCAUCUGUGACGCAGCCACGGUCAAACCCAAAGCCGAACCUUUGGUUUGUCCUUGCCAGAAUGGUGGGGUAUGCACAGGAUCCGAUAUGGUUUGCCGUUGUGAGGAGCAUUUCACCGGGACGUAUUGUGAAAAUGAGGUGCGACGGGUGCGCACUCACGGCUCUUCCACUCCCGCCGCUGUGAUCGUGCCCAUUUUCCUGAUCAUUAUCAUCAUCCUCACGUCCGUGGCCCUUUACAUGUAUUGGCGAAGGAAGCAGACACUUGAAAAGGCGUUUGGCGGCAACAACGGCACCAUGAGCAAUAGCGUGUCAUUCCGCCAAGGCUCCAAUGUCGAGUUCGAAGGUCCGGGCUUUGCCCUCUCCUCAAGUGUUAGCCAGCCCAAUGCUUCCUCGGGUGAUUUAACGGAAGGUUCCACUACGUCUCCCGAACUCCAAGCGGCCGCCCCCGCCCCCAAAAGAGACUUCUCCAACCCUAUGUACGACGCCAUGGGCGAUCUAGAGUCUCAAGCCGAGGUGGCGGCCUCCACCAAUAAUGGCACCCUUAAUCUAGCUGGCGCCACCACCGACUCGUCCAGUAGUGACCCGUACUCAAUGGAACCCCCUUCGGCCGUCAUUGUGACGUCGUCCAGUGCGGCUAAGAGCAACUCGCCCUCUUCUCAAAUCCGACACAAAGAGCUCGACCCGUCCUCAGUGGACACGGGCAAAGACACACAACGCCUGGUUUUGGACGAGGAAGACGAAGACACUGAUUCCGAGUGCUAAUAGGACUGAAUUUAUGAAUUUCAACUGACUUAGAUAUCGGCAAGUGUUUCCCAAACAAAGGGAAACGACCCGCAUCACCAUUCUUUGCCCCUGGACUUAAGACAUCUACUACUAUUUACGACAGAUUGUGAUAAGAGAAUUGGCGGCCAAUUCCUAGUGUUAUGACAUGUUCUAAAUCAUAUAUAUAUAUAUAAACAUUUGAUUGACAAAGAUAGAGAAGGAAAAGUCGAUCUGAUCCCAUUCAAGACUUGUUCCAACCAGAAAAGUGCCUUAUAUUGAAUUACCCCCUCCAUUUUUUGAGGACGGAGAAACCGCCAUCGAUCUUCCAUUUUGCAGCCGAGGCAAGUGGAGGGGUAGCAUUGUGAACAUUACGACGAGAUUCGUCAUGAUUGAUCGACUGGUUAAUUAAUUAAUUAUCACUCUGAUCAUUCCGUCGUAUUAUCCUGUACACCGCUUUGAAUUUCAGCCACAUUCCGAAUCUUAUGAACCUGAGACAUGUUGAGACUAUUAUUUUACGUAUAUCUUAAAUAAAUAAUGAAAUAUUGACUCUCAA